AUGGUGUUCCUCAGCUGCCUCCGCCAGUUCUCUGAGCAAGGCAGCCACUGGGCAGAGGUCAUCUCGGAGAUCCGGAUGCGACUGGAGACACUGCUGGACCAGAGCGUGGACUUUGACGUGCUGCCAGCCUUCGACUCCCUCAGCCAGCUGAGGCCUGGCUCGAGGCCUGAUCCCCAGGUCUACAAGGACCUAAUUCACAGCUACAGCAAUGCAGGCGAGUUCUCUACCAGUUUCACGGAGCUGCAGCAUGACUUCAUUAGCACCCGUCCCACCAAACUCAAGAGCUUGAUCCAGCUGGUGAAGCAAUGGUACCAACAGUGCAACAAGAUGGUCCAGGGGAAGGGCUCCUUGCCACCCCAGCAUGGGCUGGAGCUCCUGACCGUGUACGCCUGGGAGCAGGGCAGCCAGAAUUCUCAGUUCAACAUGGCUGAGGGCUUCCACACCGUGCUGGAGCUGGUUGGCCAACGCAUCAUCCUGGGUCCAGCUGACCCCAUAGGCAACCUGGGCAGCAAUGCCUGCUGGGACCUGCUUGCCCAGGAGGCUGCAGCCAGCACAUCUGCCCUGUGCUGCAUGGACAAGGACCGCACCCCCAUCAAGCUGUGGCUGGUGAAGGUGUGA